CGACAUCCCCCACCACUACGUCACUCGACGCUAGCCUCUACCGAAGCUUAGCUGUAUCAUUUCUAUGAAAAUGUCCGAUACUGAGGACGCAAUAAUGACUGUUCCGUGUGUAGUUGUCACUAGCAGUGACAGCACUGUUAAAGAGGAAGAAAUGAUAACACAAAUUCUCGGUUCGAAGACGUUGCCAGAAGCGACCAAAAGAGAACAAACAGUCGUGUGGUAUCCUUGGACCAUCAACAACAAGUAUUAUACAGCAGAUGUCAGGCUAUGUGUUGUACCCAGCACUUUUCAAAUGUCGUCAGAGAUUGCACAGUCCAUGCAAGCUUUCAUUGCUUAUUUUGAUAGUACAAAGAAAGAUGGUCUGGAAAAGCUCCAUUCAUGGAUAUCAGUGGUGGAAGACAUUGCUCCAGAGGUGCUCAUUCUAGUGUGUGAUAGAGUUUGUGAAGAUGGUGUUACCAGGCUUGAAGCACAGCAGUGGUGUUUGUCUCACAGCUUUGAGCUGGUGGAGCUCAAUCCUCAGGAGUUGCCUGAUGAAGAUGAUGACUUUCCAGAAUCCACAGGAGUAAAAAGAAUUGUCCAGGCUCUCAAUGCUAAUGUGUGGACCAGCGUGGAGAUGAAAGAUGGGAACAGUCAGAGCUUUGGACUAAUGAGUAGUUUGGUGGCUGCUCGACACAACAACCCUCGCAGCUGUCAGGAUCCGCAAUCUUCUAGUCUGCCAGCAGAGGGCACACUUGCUAACGAAGUGGCUCGUCGUACAGAGAGAGCCAGCUCACAAGAGAACACAGUUGUUGAUGCAAUGACAAAUAUGGACAUUCAGGAGCUGGCGAAUCUCACAGCUGGAGAUGCAGACAUGGAUAACUUUGAACGCCUCUUCACCAAAUUAAAAGAAAUGAAAGACAAAGCUUCGUCAUUACCUCACGAACAGAGAAAAGUUCAUGCAGAGAAGGUAGCAAAAGCCUUUUGGAUGGCCAUUGGCGGUGAUGAUGAUGAGAUAGACGGGUUGUCGUCAGGUGAGGAGAGCUAACGGAAGUGAUCUGUGACCCCGUCAACAUGUCUCCUACCUUUCCUGGCUUUUGCGCAAGGUCCAGCGCCCCCUCAAAUGGCUGCUUGCACUAGCAAAGUGGACAUGCUCAUGGACGUACUGUACUGUACUGUUCUGUAGGCAGGUUUGGCUCCUUCAAAAUGGCAUUACUGGUUUAGUAGAAAAGAGGCAAUACCUGGGUCGGACUCAGUCGUUACACAUGGGGCCUCCUCAGUGAUAUUCAACAAAUGAUAAAGACGGAACAUUAGAUUUAUGCAUUUCGCAUUGGGGUACAAUGUCACAUAUAUUACUAAGUGACAUAAUGUGCCUUAUUUUAAGAUUAACUGUCAUACAAACAAACAAAUGGACAUUCUGUCAAGUCACAAUAGAUGAACUGUCGAACAAUGACCGGUCUGUAAUGUCAUAAAGACUUUUUGUCUUUAGCAUGUG